AGGAGUAAAAAGAAGAAAUGGGGAGAGGUAAGAUCGUGAUAAGGAGGAUCGAUAAUUCGACAAGCAGACAAGUGACAUUCUCGAAGAGAAGGAAUGGAUUGCUGAAAAAGGCCAAAGAACUUUCCAUCCUUUGUGAUGCCGAGGUCGGAGUUAUGAUCUUCUCCAGCACCGGCAAGCUUCACGAUUUCUCCAGCUCCAGCAUGAAGGCAAACAUAGAAAGGUACAACAAAAUGAAGGAGGAUGAUCAACAGUUAACAACUCAAACUUCUGAGGCUAAGUUCUGGCAAAGGGAGGCUUCCAUGCUGAGGCAACAGCUAGAAAUUCUACAACAGAGUCAUCGGCAGAUGAUGGGUGAAGAGCUUUCUGGUAUAAGUGUUAGAGACCUGCAGAAUUUGGAAAACCAACUGGAGACAAGUCUGCGAUGUGUUCGUAAUAGAAAGGAAAAAUUCAUGCUAGAUGAAAUUCAAGAACUAAACCGUAAGGUAAACAUCAUUCAUCAAGAAAAUCUGGAACAGUAUAAGAAGGUAAACCUUAUAUAUCGAGAAUAUAUGGAACUCUAA